GCUGCGAUCGCUCAGCUCGGAGGACGUGGCCUCCGCCGUGGAGGCCGAGGCGGGGCGCCGCAAGUGCGGCUGCACCUGCUGGACGUCCAACCCGGUGCACGAGAAGGACCGGCAGCUGCAGCUGCUGCACAUGCUGGCGCUACCCUUCAUCCCCAUCCUGGCGCUCAUCGUGCAGACCGCCGUCGCGCUCAACGGCAUCCUCAUCGACCGCCAGGAGGUCGCCGACGUUGAGUGGCAGGUGACCAUCGCCACGGACCUGGGCAAGGUGGUGACCGCCAUGCAGCUGGAGCGCUCCGACGUGGCGUUCUACAUCUUCGCCAACGGCAGCACCACGCGGCUCAACCUGACCAGGCGCUUCGCGGAGACGGACAAGGCGCUGGCCAACAUGAGCUCCUGGCCCGAGAUGGAGCUGCCGCCGUCCGACGAGCAGGACGACGACCUGGUGGUGGGCAACAGGUCCAUGUUCGAGAGCCGCCUCAACACCUUCAGAGAAACGAUCAGCGCGAGAGAGAGCACCAUGAGCGGGGCGCUACUGUGGUACAACCGCGUCAACACCAUCCUGCUGGAGCACCUCACGAGGCAGAUCAAGGAGACGGACAAGAGCGGCGUCUGGAGGUACUUGAUCGCUUUCAAGAACCUGCUGCGCAGCAUCGAGCACACGGGCAUCUCAAUGGUGCAGGGCAUCAACUACUUCGGCGUGGGCAGCCUCAGCAACGAGUCCUACAUCAGCUUCGUGCACCACGACGCCAUCGGGCGCGACCUGCUCAACGCGUCCUUCACCUACGUGCCCUCCAUCCGGCAGACCUACAGCCAGCUCGCCAGCAACCUGUACGAGUACGGCAAGCUGCGCGAGCGGCGCCGCGAGGUGAUGGGCAACCGGCAGCGCAAGUCCAGCCUGGACGACGCCGAGUACUACUUCCGCUCCAUGGGCAGCUACCUGGACCAGCUGCGCACGCUGCUCAAGGACCUCCGCAGGAAGAUCAAGACCUACGUGGAGCGCAGCCUGCACGAGGCCAGCAACCAGGAGGCCGUGGGCAUCGCCAUCCUGGUGCUGGUGCUCAUCGUGUCCCCCGUCAUCAUCGUGCUGGUGCGCAACGCCGUGGCCACCAUCCAGAUGUUCGCCGCGCACCUGGCGCUCAAGGCGCGCGAGCUGAAGCGCGAGAAGCGCAAGAGCGACAUGUUGCUGUUCCAGAUGCUGCCGCCCAGCGUGGCGCAGCAGCUCAAGCAGACCCAGCAGGUCCCCGCCGAGUACUACGAGGCCGUGACCGUGUACUUCAGCGACAUCGUGGGCUUCACGGAGAUCGCCGCCAUCAGCACGCCGCUGCAGGUCGUCACCUUCCUCAACUCCAUCUACAGGCUGUUCGACGCGCGCAUCGAGUGCUACGACGUGUACAAGGUGGAGACCAUCGGCGACUCCUACAUGGUGGCCUCGGGGCUGCCCGUCAAAAACGGCGACAAGCACAUCUCCGAGAUCGCCACCAUGGCGCUGGACCUGCUGGCCGGCUCCGUCAAGUGCCGCAUCCCGCACCGGCCGCACGACAAGCUGCAGAUCCGGUCCGGGGUGCACACCGGCCCCGUGGUGGCGGGCAUCGUGGGCUCCAAGAUGCCGCGCUACUGCCUCUUCGGGGACACCGUCAACACGGCCUCGCGCAUGGAGAGCACGGGCGAGGCCCUGCGCAUCCACAUCAGCGGGGAGAUGAAGAUGGCCCUGGACGCGGUGGGCGGCUUCCGCACCGAGCACAGAGGGCUCGUCGACGUCAAGGGCAAGGGGCUGAUGGACACGUACUGGCUGACCUGCAAGGAGGGCGUGCCGCAGGCGGACCCGGACGCCGCCGAGACUCAGGCCACCCUGCUGGACGAGACCUACGACUCGCAGCCCGCCUUCCUGCGCCGCCUGCGCGGCAUGCGGGGCGAGCGCUACAUCUAGGCGGCCAGCGCGGCG